CGCGCAAAGGCAAACAAGGUUGCCGUUAGCCGCAGGCGAUGAUUCACAUAUUGAGUCCCUCCCCAGGCUUAAGAAUUCGGCCAUACGAACCCCUCACGGUCUACCGAUAACGUCAUUGAACGAGCCAGGGAGGCAAGAUUGUAAAUAGCUUGCCGAUAAGUUAUUUUCAUUCUAAAACGUGUUCCUGUCGUUUCGUUCACUUCAGGUCCCGACAAUUAUGGAAGGAUGUCGUUAGAAGGGUGGAAGUGUCAAACAAGUAGUUGUUGAAUUGUCCGUCGCUUCUUAUCCAAACAACCAGCCAAUGAAGAAAUGACGACGACAUAGACAUAGAGUGAUAGAACUGGAUUUUCAUUGAUGUUUCUCUGAGCGUUCGUAGAAUUGUUUACCCGAAGUCGUAGAAAGAUCACAUGGAGGYGAAGAUAAAGAGAGAGAAAGAAGUCGGCGAUCCAGGGCCUGGAUCAUCACCGUCCAAUAGUAUUCCUUCGCCGUCCUCGUCAGGUCUGCGGUCGAACUCGACAGUAAAUGUCACGCAGACGAACUGUUCAAAUAUGACGCUCACUACAGAAUCAUCACCGACAAGACUUGAAGCAAAAAGACGAUCCAAAGAUGUUUCUCCAGAUGGGACGAGAGCACCAGAGGACAUGUCGGCGAUAGAUCUAAGGAUUGUCAAGAAAGAAAGAAUUGAUGAGGAAGAGAGGUUAGCUGAAGGAAGUCAAAGAUACAGUCCCAUUAGGGAAGCUAAUGGUUUUCAUCAUUAUGAUCACAGUUUACUAGAGCAGAGAAGUGAAAGCGCUAGAAUCACUAGUGCACGGGGCUCAAUAGCUUUCGUCAGCUUACCACGAGUGCAAGACGAUGGCAGAACAUGUACAGAAAAUGACGAAAGCAAAGCUACCAUAAAUCGAUCCAGAUUCCCAUCUGAAAAAAACAUCGAAACCUAUCCAUAUCGAGUUCCCAUUGUCUAUCCAAUACGCUCACCUCCGAUCGACUAUCGAUCGAUUAGCAGCGGCCGCUCUCCAAGCCCGAAGAGCUAUCUMUUAGAGGAAAGAGAUGAGAGAAGUAAAAGCCCGUUAAUGAAUCAAAGUCAGUUGUAUGAGGAAGCAAAAUACGAAGAGAAUGUCUCUACUUCGGCGCGUAGUUCUCCGACACGGAAACCCAGCCCGCUUGGUGCAAGCAGUCAAAGUCACGAAGGAAGUUCCUCGCCUAAAGAUCCCAAACAUUCAAGCGACGUCAAUCUUAACGCAGAACRAGUAGUUUUUGGCAGAAGACGUGGGAAGAACUCAGAGAGACUCAACUCUGCGGAAGAUGAUAAAGAAGAGGAGUCGCUAUGGAAACAAGUCCAGAGAUACCGACACCGAAAGAGACCAACUCUUGGUAAACUCCAGUCCACUCAAGAAGAAACUAUCUUCAUGCAGUAUAACGAGAUUCGCGAGCGACGCCAUCGAGAGGGCAGGAUAAUAACACGUGCUGGCAGACCACUGAUACCUCAUUGUAAUGGUAUUAGAGAUACGCCUCUCACUCCUCCGCCUGAUACUCCAGUCGAUCAAGGUGAUGCUAAGSYACACGUUGUCACUCUUGUACCCGAGCAGUCCAUCACUCCUAAGCCUAGCGGAAUGGAGCCUUAUGGGAGUCAAGGGCAAGGCAAUCGAGCCCGGUUAGUAGUCGAGUUUCCAAAAUCCAAAGGGUUGCUCAAUGRUUGUGUUACAGAAUCUAAUCAAGAGAAACCAAGUGUAUCACGCUCAUCGUGUAUAGACUCUUUUCCAGGAAGUACCUUUGAUGGUACAACAGAGAGGAGAAAGACACCUWGCGAACUGCUGGAAAAUCUUCCAACUACAACACAAACCCAAGGUGAAUACCAGAGCUAUUCGACACCUACUGCGCAUGCGUGUACAAGACCGCAGUCUCAACAUUAUCACGAUGGUCAUGGUAUAGAAUCACGUGUUGAAGACGCACGUGGUCUAGACGCACGUGGUCUAGACGCACGUGGUCUAGACGCACGUGGUUUAACACGUGGUUUAGAUGCACGUGCCGCUGUGCACGCUGCUAUGGAUUGCAGGACGAAUCUUUGCUAUGAAGAUUGCUGUCGCAACCUGUCAUCAUGCCGUCACAGACCGAUGCAUCCCCUCCAGAGAUUCCAUCCGGGGGAGAAUAAUUGCUAUGACAACAGCUGUCACGACAACAGUAGACGACGAAUGUCAUCGUGUGGUCAUCACUGCUGUCACCAUAAGAGAUCUCGGCGGGCUUAUAUUGAUGAUGCUGAUGAAUACAAUGAUAAUAAUGAUGACAAUAAUCACUGGCAGUACUCGCCGAAGGAAAAGCGUCCCCGUUCGGAACACGAGCAGUCGAGAGAUGUCAACGAUCUCUACAGACGGGAUGAUCAACCGCAUGCCGCAAAGAACGGUUCUCAGUCCUUUUCCCCUUCAUCCACGGAUUCUAGGGACAACGAAAGCAUAGAGAACGGACAAAACCAGGAUUUUCCGCAAGAAAACGAUAAACAAUCGUAUGAAAAUGGACACAUCUCACAGGAGAGCAGUCCACGAAUGCACGUUGAAAAUGAAGGGCGGUUCACCCAGGCAUCAUUACUCGCUUUGGGAGAGAGAGAACCAGAUGACGAUGACGUCAUUUGUCACGUCAACGGGUUGUUUUCGUUGCCUGGUUACCGUGAGACAAAGUAUGACAUCACAAGGGGUGAGCUUAAGCGUAGGACAGAGCCACCUGAGACUUUGACCCGUGUUGAGAUGAUCUCAUACGUACGCCAGGCAAAGACCUCAGGGAGGAUGCUGCUAGACACCAAUGGAAUCACCACGUCCAACCGAUCACAUCCUACUAUCUUGUCCCGGGUAUGUGAGCGCGAGGCGCAGGUUCUCGCGUGUGGRAUCCAUAAGAUGAACAUGGAGUAUGUGCCCCUGAAGAAACUAGUUCAAAUGUGCGUCGAGAUGUACAAGUCACGUGGUUGUGAUGGGUGUCAGGAUUGCAGGCUCAAGUUAAGACGAAGAAUAGUUGAUGUGGAAAUCACAAGGAACAUGUUGAAAGAACUAUUGAACGUCAUCCAAGAAGCAAGCGCGGAUGGAUUUCUCGACUCACUAGAACUCGCUUCCCACACGUUUGGAACAAUGAAUCUUGUCAACAACAUCAAACUCGUUGAUGAGUAUCAUAAACUACUUCUACUGGCUCUUGAAAAAGAGUAGAAUGGCUUUUACAUAGAACAUUCCACAUUCUCUAAAUAAGGUUUACACGCAAGGUGUGCACAAUCAAGUGCCGGCAGCCAURUUGGAUGAAAGCAACAGUAAAAUCCUUUCAAGUAUUUCUUGGGGUGCAACCCACCUGACUCAAAAUCCCUUGAGGUGUAAAUAACGAUAAAACAGCCGCCAUGUUGGUUGAUCUAACGAGAAGCCAAAGAGGAAUSCUUUGUAUAGUCAACCAACAUGGCGGCUAUGACGUUACUUGCACYCUGAGAAUAGAAGAGUCUUGCUGUCCUCCAUCAUGGCAGGGGCUUAAGGUUGUCGUUCAAACCCUACUUCAGUUACAUCAAUAUUUGAAAAGAAUAGAAUUUUAUAAGCUWGUGUAGCAAACAGUGUGGCCGGCUACCUUGGUUGCAGACAUUUUGAAGAACCUUUAAGGAAUGAUCAAUAGWCGUAAUUAAUUAUAGAAAAUGGAGAAUGAAUAAAAUACGCCUGGUUCGAAAAAGAUUGGGUGACGGUAUUUCAUAACAAAAAUUGAGCUUAAAGCUCUUAAACCUCUUGGACCUGAAUCAACCUCUGGGCUGAUGCAAGUCAGGGCAUGGCUAACCAAAGAUAGAACCCCUGAAACAACCUCUGGGCUGAUGUAAGUCAGGGCACGGCUAACUCACUGAUAUAACCCUGAACUAAAAACCUCUUGGCUGAUCGUAUUCAGGGCAYGACUAACUCACAGAUUGAACAGUGAACAGAACAGCUUCUGGGCUGAUCUAAGUCAAGGCACAGUUGAAUUACAGAUUCAACUGGAUUUUCAUGCGAAGAGUUGCUAAUGUAAGACUUAAUAAUACAUAUAAUUUCUUUAUGUCACCAAUAUUUAUCCAACCAAAGACGGCACAGAAAAACAAACACGAAACUCCACAUAUUAUUCGCCAUCUUUGUUUUGUUCCCCCAUAAUGCCUUGCAAUCCUAGUUUCGCGUGACGACACUAAGAAUGGCUGCGGGGUAGACUAUCGUAAUYCAAGAUGUCUGCUGUAUCGUAGAGUAAUCCAUUCCGGGUGGUCGCUUAAUAGAGGUCCUACUAUAAUGCCUUGCAAUCCUAGUUUCGCGUGACGACACUAAGAAAGGCUCCGCGGUAGACUAUCGUAAUCCAAGAUGGCUGCUGUAUCGUAGAGUAAUCCAUUCCGGGUGGUCGCUUCAUAGAGGUCCUACUAUAAUGCAUCAAUGAAUAAAAUCUGGUUUUUCUCAGUA